AUCACAUCGCUCUGCGAAGAAGACAGCGGCUCAGCUUUGUUUACUUUAAAGAUGAAUGCUCAAUUACAUACAUUCUCUGAAAGCACUGGCUAUCUAGUUUAGAACCAGACACUAGAAUGUAAGAGAGAGAAAAAACACACGACAUGGAGGAAUCGUGGGAUUUUGAAUUCUUGUCUCGAAUGGUUGACAGUCUGGUGUCCUUUCUGUCCGAAUUUGUGGACGAUUGGCUGGCCAACGACAUGAGAGUUGCAGUGUUUAAGAUACUGUUCACCUGGCUCAUCAUUAGUCUCGUAGCCAUCCACUUUGCCUGGAAAGUGUACGGGAACACUGUCAACGAUAUGUACUACAGACAGGGGACUGGAGGGCAGAAUGGCGGGACUCCUGACACUGCGCCUCACCUGAGCGGAUGGGAAAGUGCAGCUGGCGAUGCCAUGAAAACCCACCGUGAGUGAUGUACCUGCAACUGGACUAAGAUCACAGACACAUAAGA